UUGGUUGUGACACAGCUCUAUGAGCGCGUGCCUCCAACUUACUAAGAUUAGUUCUCAGAAAGGGAAAAGGCAAUUCUAAACGCGUUCUCAUGUUUUCAGUGCUCAGUGAAGUAUGUUCUCCUUCACAAAAUUUAGGGAUCUGCUCUAAAAAGUGCAUCAGAAAGUCAAAAUGAGCCCAGUGUGUGUGCAUUAAAUGAAUUCCGCUCAAGUGUAAUUUCUAGAAAAAUCAGAGAGAUCUGGAUAAGAAUGGAUGCAACUUCGGAACCUCGGCUGUCUUCGAAUCUUUCAUCUGAAGACGCAGAUGAUAGGAAUGAAACCAGCACUAACGUUUUCGAACAACCCGGCUGGCAAGUAGCUCUCUGGGCGAUUGCAUACGCACUGAUUGUAGUCGUGUCAGUCACUGGCAAUGUAACUGUCAUUUGGAUAAUUCUUGCGCACCGCAGAAUGAGAACAGUUACCAAUUACUUCAUUGUAAACCUAGCGUUUUCCGAUGUGUCAAUGGCAGCUUUCAAUACCGUUUUCAACUUCGUCUACGCCUUGCACAACGACUGGUACUUUGGAUUAGGAUACUGUCGGUUCCAAAAUUUCUUUCCCAUCACAGCUAUGUUCUCAAGUAUAUAUUCGAUGACAGCAAUCGCCGUUGAUAGGUACAUGGCCAUCAUUUAUCCAUUAAAGCCAAGACUCUCGUCCACCUCAACAAAUGUAGUCAUUGGAGUGAUCUGGAUUGUGGCUUUCUCCCUGGCCUUUCCGCAAUGUUUCUACUCUAAAACGGACUUUUACUCUCCUCGCACUGUUUGCACAGUGGACUGGCCUGGAGACUUUGGGGGAAAGCAUCAACUCUCGUACCAGAUAUCUUUGAUCAUCCUGAUCUACCUGCUCCCUCUGUUGGUGAUGUUGGUGACCUACAGCCUUGUGGGUCAGGCGCUGUGGGGCAGUGAGAUUCCUGGGGAGGCCUCCGAACACUACCAGAACCAGAUACAGGCCAAACGCAAGGUGGUGAAGAUGAUGAUUGUAGUUGUAGUGACCUUUGCCCUCUGCUGGCUGCCCUUCCAUUUGUAUUUCAUUCUGGGCAGCUUCAACAAAGACAUCUACAAACAGAAGUAUAUCCAACAAGUCUACCUGGCCAUUUUCUGGCUGGCCAUGAGCUCCACCAUGUACAACCCCCUCAUCUACUACUGCCUAAACCAAAGAUUCCGUUCAGGAUUCCGCCGUGCCUUCCGCUGGUGUCCCUUUAUCAAGGCCUCGGAGAAAGAUAAGAUGGAGCUGCAGCACACCAGGACCUUCAGGAUGACACGUAGCUUUCAGAUGGACUCCACCACCAUGCAGCGGGAUUCCACGGAGCGGAGCACCACCACCACGCUGAUGAAAUUCUGAAGCAACCUGCUUCUUUUCCAAAAACACAGAAAGGGAACAGGAGCUGGAGAAAGUCGUUAUCAGUAAUUCUAUGAUUACUUUCAGCUUUUUCACUAAAUACAGUACCUUUGGGUAGCACUGGAUGGUUCAGUGUAGAGUGCCAGGUUUGUUAUUCAUUAAAGAUAUUUCUAAGCUUGAAACGACUUGGGAGAGUCCAAUUGAAUGACUGUAAAUACAAGCUCAAUAUCAAGUACUAAUUUGUCAACACUUUGUAAUUCUUUCUCAGCCUAUUGUUGCAAUAUUUAAAAUGUUUUUGUGAUGAUUACACUUUUAAAUUCAAACACUAAAGCAUCAUUCCAAGGUUUAAAUGUAUAUAACAGGACAUACAGAGGGGUGACAAAUUAAAGGAAAAACCAACAUAAAGUGUCUUAGUAAGGUAUUGGGCCACCACAAGCCGUCAGAAGAGGUUUCAAUGCUCCUUGGCAUAGAUUCUACAAGUCUCUGGAACUCUACUGGAGGGAUGGAACACCAUUCUUCCCAAAGAUAUUUCCUUAUUUGCUGUUUUUAUGAUGGUAAUGAAGAGCGCUGUCUAACAUGUCGGUCCAAAAUCUCCCAUAGGUGUUCAAUUGGGUGGAGAUCUGGUGACUGCGAAGGCCAUAGCUUAUGAUUCACGUCAUUUUCGUACUCGUAAAACCAUUCAGUGACCCCUCAUGCCCUGUGGAUGGGGGCAUUGUCAUCCUGGAAAAGACCACUCCCAUCAGGAU